AUGGUUCUUGAUUAUUACGAUUCAAGAAAUAUUUUAGAAGAUAAAGAGAAAUCAAUACUACCGUCUGUGCAGUCCUCAAAUUUACCAAUUAUUUCAAAUCCUCCAAAAAUUCAACUAUUCUUUAAUUCAAGCUCUGAUCCAGCUAAUUCUGUAAUUGAUUUCUCAAGACAAAACAAAGUUGAUGUAUUGAUAAUAGGUCAUAGAGGUUUAUCAAGGCCUGAUUCAUCAAAUUUGGGCAGUGUAGCUCAAUGUUGUCUUCAUUCUGCUAAUUGCACCGUCAUAGUUACAAGACUCAAAUCAUGA